CUCAGCCCCUUCCAUAAUUCUUCUUAGAUUACAAUUGGCAGAAUCGUGGGGAGACGCCACUGGAAUUUUUCUCCCGCCAGAAGCCACCGCACCCUCCAGUUGUGCAAACGAUUAAGAGAAAAGAUGCUCGACAUUUAUUCAAUAGGGAUAGCUUGGGCAGCUGCAUUAUUUGCCACGAGGAUUUACCUAAACAAAGUUCAUUCUGCUGCAGUCUCGGGCUCCCCGCCUAACGAUUCUAAAAAUGCCCGCACCGAUGCGCGAGUACAGUAGAAACAGACGAGGAAGCCUUUGGGGACUCCGAUGAAGAAUACUCUGAUCCUGAUGUAAAAGAGUCACCAAUCAAGGAGACAUUGGGACAAAUUGCUCCAUCCAGCUCCAAUCUGGCAGGAAAUAUCGACAGUGCCACACUUUACAUCUUUGACUUAGUAGGCUGGGAUCGGAUCACUCGUAGAAUGCAUUGCAAUUGCCAUGUGCUUAAUAUAAAAGAUGACUUCACUCUUGAAGUUGUGAAAGACGCGCUUCCACUGUUGGAAAUGCUUGAUCCAGUUAAAGACUUCAUGACAGCAGUUCUAGACACCCGCUUAUUUGUUGCCGGUGGUUGGUGGCCGAAGGGUCGUACACUCAGCCCUGAAACUGCAGCUUCUAGAUGGGUAUACAUUCAGCAUAGACACACAUAAUACAGGGGCUGGAUAGCAGAGCAGUACUUUCCUCACACCCAGGUCUGGCCCUCACCUUGUCGUGGCUGGGGGCUCGCUUUAUACCUUAGGAUAUGGUGGGGAACCAGAGGAUGAUUAUGAUCAUAAGAAUAGCUACCUUAAUUGGGCAGAGGUUUAUGAUGAGAAACAAAAGAAAUGGAAGUAUGUGAAGGUGAAGUAUGAUUCCAGUAGAUAUGCACUGCCCACUCAUAUCUUGGGGGAUGUUUUGGAUGCAAAUGGAAAGCUUAUUUUAUUUGGUGAGGGGGCGAUAUUGAUGUGCCACUAUAUCAAUCAAUGUGAAUGCAACAUCUUACUCAUUCAAACUUGCGAUGACAUGAUUCUUCGUCAUGCAUUAAUUGCUCAUUGCUUAUAUGUUGAUGGUGGUUUCCCAACCGUAGUUGAUUGUCAUGACCUCAAAACGCAUAUGUGCUCUCCAGUUCACUUGGACGAAGACUUUGAUUUCAUUGAAAGAUCUAUGGCAAAAAGAUCAUUCUUUUCCUUUAGGGCUCUCUGUGGUUGCUUUCUAAUUUCAGUAGCAGAUGACGCCUUGUAUGUGAUUCAACUUAAUGGGCUCUUUAACUCUCUUACUGGAAAUGCUUGCAGAAAUUCUCUUGGCUUCCAGAGACAUCUUACUCAGUUAUUUUCGAGCAAUAUCCCGAUAUAGAAGGAACAAUCAAAAGGGAUAAUCACG